UGAUGCGGUUGAGGCGGCGCGGGCCAAAGCGGAGCCGGGCCCGGCGGCGGGCGCGGUAGGAGGCGGCGGGGCCUCGGGGCCCGGGCCGGUGACUGCGGCGCCCUCACGAUGGACGCCUUAGAGGAAGAGAGCCUCGCGUUGUCCUUCUCCUCCGCCUCCGAUGCAGAAUUUGACGCUGUGGUUGGAUGUUUAGAGGACAUUAUUAUGGAUGACGAGUUCCAGUUACUGCAGAGAAACUUCAUGGACAAGUACUACCAGGAGUUUGAAGACACAGAGGAGAAUAAGCUCACAUAUACACCCAUUUUUAAUGAAUAUAGAGCCCACACGUUCCUGUCUCCACGGUUGCAGAUUUCCCUGGUAGAGAAGUACAUCGAAGAGCAGCUGCUGGAGCGCAUCCCAGGCUUCAACAUGGCAGCCUUCACAACAACACUGCAGCACCAUAAAGAUGAAGUGGCUGGUGACAUCUUUGACAUGCUGCUCACAUUCACGGAUUUUCUGGCUUUCAAGGAGAUGUUCCUGGACUACAGAGCAGAAAAGGAAGGCCGAGGACUGGACCUAAGCAGCGGCUUGGUCGUGACUUCUCUGUGCAAGUCAUCUUCUAUGCCAGCUUCCCAGAACAACCUGCGGCACUAGGUCUUAACCUUCAGACCAGAAGUGUGAUCGCUAUGGGGGCACCAACCCAGCAGGCGCAGAGAAACAUGGGCUAAUGACAGAUGCAAUUUGUAAAGACCAACUGUGCCACAGCCCUUCAUUCAUUUGAAGUAUUGAUGAAUCCUGGAAAACAUGACUGACCCUCUUGGCCUUUGUCCAGAAACACCUUCUUGUAGUCAGUAACCCUCAUGUUCACCACUCCCCCUCCCAGUGCAGGCGCCUCUCCCAGAUGCUUCUGAGUGACUCCGUCUGUGUUGGUCACUUGACUUGGGGCCCUUCCCAGCAACAUGGUAGUGUGGCGCGUCACCAGGGUGGACAGCAUACCAUCAUUAGCCCUUCAUCCCAGCAGGCUUUACAUGAGUCUUUGCGCUCCCACAACUGUUU